AUGUAUAUAUGUCAUUGGUAUCUUCUUCUUCUAUCUUUCAUUUGUAUUAAUAAUAAUAUCAAUGGUAAUAAUAUUCAUUAUUCAGCUAUAUUUAUUCCUGGUAAUGGUGGAUCACAAAUAUGGACACGAUUAAAUCGUACAACUCCUCCGCCACAUUUUUUGUGUGCUCGUCAUGCAGAUUGGUUUGAAUUAUGGUUUAAUAUUCGUCUUUUAUUACCUGAAGUUAUCGAUUGUUUUAUUGAUAAUAUGCGUUUAACAUAUAAUUCAACAACAAAAAAAACAUCAAAUUUAGAUGGUAUUGAUAUAAA